CGGUUGUUGGGCGAUUCUUUUGCAGACGGAGACGCCAACUGGUGCUAUCAGUGCCUUCUCUGCGGGGCGGAGUACCCGUCCCAGGAUGACGUCACGGGGCACAUCACGACGCGGCACAACUUCUCCCGCUUCUCGCAGCAGCUCAACUCCCUGUACUCCAAGUUCGACAGGAACCGGCUCUCCGGGGCCUACCGGUGUCCCCUCUGCAACGCCGACUUCGCCAUCGAGCUCUCGCUCAAGAAGCACAUGGUCUCCCACGCCGAGGACACCCGCUGCCACAUCUGCCACAAGACCUUCGUCAAGAACGGCUGGCUCAUGAAGCACCUCAAGAACGCGCACAAUAUCCCCCUCGACAUCCAAUACUAAACCAAUACGACCAAAGAAGUUCCAAUUACUCCUCUCCAAACACCGAAAAUAAAAUAUGAAACACCAAUAUCUUUAUGAUCAGUUGAAAAAGCUCAAACUUUCAUAUUUUAUUAUUCACUGAGAA